GUGUAAAAAAUGCUGGAUGCAAAUUGUAGAAGACAUUUUCCUGUGGAACGUAUCCGUGUAAAUCUUCUCUAAAAUUCCCUGAAGGUAUAUACUGCACUUGUGAUGGACCCUCUGAAUACUGCUAUGUUAGGUUUGGGUUCUGAUUCCGAAGGGUUUUCUGAGAAAAGCCCCUCUGCAGUAAAUACAGGCACAGUGGCAGGCAAAAGAGAAGCAGAGCUAGAAAGUUGCACUAGGGAAGAAGAAGAAGAAAAGAAGAACCAAGAGGGGACCAACAGUGAGGCUGGAAAGAAUGAGGGCUUGACUGAUGAACAGCAACAAUUUUCAGUGAAGGAAACAAACUUUUCAGAGGGAAAUUUAAAAUUGAAAAUUGGCCUUCAAGCUAAGAGAACUAAAAAGCCCCCAAAGAAUCUUGAGAAUUAUGUGUGCCGGCCUGCCAUAAAAACCACCAUCAAGCAACCCAGAAGGGCACCAAAAAGUGGGAAGAUGACAGAUGAAAAAAAUGAACACUGUCCUUCAAAACAAGACCCUGCAAAAUUGUACAAGAAAUCUGGAGAAGUUGCAACAGUUGAAUUUCAUGCUGAGGAAAGUGUACAAGGAGAAACAAAUCCUGCCUCUAAGAAGUUCUCUCCACUACAGUCUGAAAUGACAGAUUAUAUAAAGUCAGUUCCUCCUCCUUUUGUUGGUAGCCGUGAUCCUGACUUGAAGGACCGAACACAAAUUAAUGGAGCAACAACUGUAACAGAAAAACUGGCUCAGCUUAUUGCCACUUGCCCCCCCUCAAAGUCUUCCAAAACAAAGCAUAAGAAACUAGGAACUGGGACUGCAGCUGUACUGGGUAAUAAGGACUUUGUAAAGAAACUGCCAGGAACUGGGACUGCAGCUGGCCUGGGUGAUAAGGAUUUGGUGAAGAAACUGUCAGUAACUGGCAUUGCUGCUGGAUUGGUUAACAAGGACUCAGGGAAGAAGCCAUUGGGGACUGGCAGUGCAGCCAUAUUGGUUAACAGAGAUUCUGGGAAGAAGCCAGCAGGGAUUGGCCCUUUAGCUGGAUUGGUUAACAAGGACUCUGGAAAGAGGCCACCAGGGAUUAGCACUUCAACUGGGUUAGUUAACAAGGACUCUGGGAAAAAGCAGCCAGUGACAAGUUCUGUAGUAGUUGGAUUAAUUAACAAGGACUUUGGAAGGAAACCACCUGGGGUUGGCACUCAAACUGGAUUGACCAAUAAGGAGUCUGGGAAGAAGCCACCAGGGAUAGGCACUCCAGUGGGACUGCUUAACAGGGACUCUGGGAAAAAAUCACCAGGGACUGGCACUCCAGCAGGGUCAGUUAACAGGGACUCUGGGAGGAAGCUGCCAGGGAUUGGCAUUCCAGUGGGACUGGUUAACAGGGAUUCUGGAAAGAAGCUGCCAGGGAUUGGCACUCCAGUGGGACUGGUUAACCGGGACUCUGGGAAAAAACUGCCAGGGUUUGUCACUCCAGUAGGACUGGUUAACAGGGACUCUGGGAAGAAGUCACCAGGGAUUGGCACUCCAGUGGGACUGGUUAACAGGGACUCUGGGAAGAAGUCACCAGGGAUUGGUACUCCAGUGGGACUGGUUAACAGGGACUCUGGGAAGAAGUCACCAGGGAUUGGUACUCCAGUGGGACUGGUUAACAGGGACUCUGGGAAGAAGUCACCAGGGAUUGGCGCUCCAGUGGGACUGGUUAACAAGGACUCUGGGAAGAAGCCGAUGACCCUUGGGAGUUCAACGGUAUUGAUUAACAAGGACUCUGGGAAGAAGCCACCAGGAAUUGGCACUCCAGUGGGUUUAGUAGUUAACAAGGACUCUGGGAAGAAGCCACUGGGGAUUGGCACUCCAGUAGGGUUAGUAGUUAACAAGGACUCUGGGACUCUGAAAGCUGACACAAGCCUUUCUCACAUGCCUUCUACAGAGCCCUUCAAGCUUUCUUGCAGUUCAAACCUCAGUAGCCUUGAAAGCCAUGAGACUACAGAUUUACUGAAAGACAAUAACAACAGUAAAACAUUUGAAAAACAUAUUAUAAGACAGAAUAAAGAAAGCGUCCUGGAAAAAUUUUCUCUUCGGAAAGAGGUUGCUGAUGUAGAUACAGAGAAAUGUAAGGAAGGAACCUGCAUUCCACAAGACUGUUUCUCAUCCAAUGAAAAGGGGACUUUUGAGGCAUCUAAGCAUGAAAAGCAGCCUCCAGUAUAUUGCACUUCACCAGACUUCAGGACGGGAGGAGCUUCAGAUGUAUCUACAGCAAAGUCCCCAUUUAGUGCAGUAGGGGAGGGAAACCUCCCAUCACCCUCACCCACUGUGUCUGUUACUACCUUAAGUAGGAGUCUCACAGCAUCUUCCUCUCAGUUAACUUCAAAUCCUUUGCAUUUAAGUACCACAGCAGAUCUGUUAGAAGGAAUUUCUGAGCAGAGUGGAAAGACCCAUUUUUCUUCUGACAGUACACUUCUGAACCUGAACAGAACAUUAAAUCACAGUCUGAGUACUGACAAAGAUUUAAACGAUUCAAAAGGGACACGUGUAGAAACCCCAAGAACUGUUCCUGCUAUAGGAAAGAAAUCCAGCUUGGUAACUGAAUCAAGCAUUCAUGCUUCUCUCACCCCUUCAGUAGUUAGUUUCACAAGUUUGUUUAAUAGCAAACAGUUUCUAAAGAUUGGCGCAAUAACUGCAUCGGAGAAAUCCUGCCAAGGUGCUGAAAGUCUAAGCACUAGUCAGCAGUCAAAACCAUUAAAGAAAAGAAAAGGAAGGAAACCACGAUGGACUAAAGUGGUGUCUAGAAGUGCAUGUCGGUCUCCAAAGGGUCUAGAAUUAGAAAGGUCAGAGCUUUUUAAAAACAUUUCAUACAGUACAUUGUCAAGCAGUAAUCUGGAACAGGCCAAGUUCUUGAAAAAUAUAGGGUCAUCAUCAUUUAUAGAACAUGAAUUUGUCAAACAUCAGUUGCCAAAACUGAGCAAGUCUAGUAGUGGACAGUCACUUGCACUGCUGACAGAAGCUGACAAACAGGCUCAAAAAUUCUAUACUACCCACAAACAGCCCUCCAGCAUGUGUAUAGCAGAUGACCUCUUACCUGAAAUGUAUAAGCCCAAAAGAGGAAGGCCAAAAUCAAAGGAGAUGCCUGAGCUUGAAGGUCCCCCAAAGAGAACCCUAAAAAUCCCAGCAUCAAAAGUUUUCUCUGUGCAGUCAAAGGAGGAGCAGGAGCCACCUGUUCUGCAGCCAGAGGUAGAAAUUCCCUCCCUAAAACAAAGCCUAACAGGCCAGGCUUUUCCAAAGAAGAGAGGGAGACCCAAAAGGCAGAUCAGAUCAUCAGUUAAAAUGAAACCGCCUGUUCUUUCUGUAGCUCCUUUUGUUGCUACAGAUAAUUCAAAUAAGAUUGAGUCUGAAAGUGACCAGCACCGGAGUGGGGAUUUCUUUGAGAGAAAGGAACAGCUCAGAGGCCCAGAGGAAGUUCAGCAAACUGUAUGCAGCAUGUCUGACCUUGAGGUAGAAUCAGACAGAAAAGUUACCAAGAGAAAUAAUGGGCAAUUAAUGAAAACAAUUAUCCGAAAAAUAAAUAAAAUGAAAAGUUUGAAGCGAAAGAAACUUUUGAAUCAAAUCCUCUCUAGUACAGUGGAACCAAAUAACAAAGGGAAAGUGCAAUCAAAACUCCACAAUACAGUGUCAACUCUUGCUGCCACAUUUGGUUCUAAAUUAGGGCAGCAGAUAAAUGUCAGCAAGAAAGGAACCAUUUACAUAGGAAAGAGGAGAGGUAGGAAACCUAAAACUGUCCUAAAUGGUAUUUUAAGUAGUAAUUCUGCCAGUUUAACUGCUCUUGAGAAGUCUGCCCAGCAAACGAAUGGGACAUCACUAGGUCAAGUACUUCCCCCACUGCUGCCUUCAACCGCUAAUAAUUCAGAGGUUCUUCCAUCUCCAGUUUGCUCUCAGUCUUCUGCAGCGAGUGGGGGACAGAGCCCUGUCAGUAGUGAUACAGGUUUUGUUGAGCCGAGUUCAGUGCCAUAUUUACACAUACACGCUAGACAGGGCGGAGUGGUUCAGACCCUUGCAAUGAAAAAGGCCUCCAAGGGCAGGAGGAGAUUAUCUCCUCCUACUUUAUUGCCAAACUCUCCUUCUCACUUAAGUGAGCUAACAUCUCUGAAGGAAGCCACUCCUUCACCAAUCAGCGAGUCUCACAGUGACGAGACCAUUCCUAGUGACAGUGGGAUAGGAACAGAUAAUAACAGUACUUCAGACAGAGCAGAGAAGUUCUGUGGACAGAAGAAGAAAAGGCAUUCAUUUGAUCACGUAUCCCUCAUUCCUCCCGAAACAUCAACAGUUUUAAGUAGCCUAAAAGAAAAACACAAACACAAAUGUAAGCGCCGGAGUCAUGAUUACCUCAGCUAUGACAAAAUGAAAAGACAGAAGCGAAAAAGGAAAAAGAAGUACCCCCAGCUCCGAGGUAGGCAGGAUCCUGAUUUCCUUGCUGAGUUGGAGGAACUAAUAAGUCGCCUGAGUGAAAUAAGAAUUACCCACAGAAGUCAUCAUUUUAUACCCCGAGACCUAUUGCCUACUAUUUUCAGAAUAAAUUUCAAUAGCUUCUAUACCCACCCCACUUUUCCUUUAGAUCCUUUGCACUAUAUUCGAAAACCUGAUUUAAAGAAGAAAAGAGGCAGACCCCCCAAAAUGCGAGAAGCUAUGGCAGAGAUGCCUUUUAUGCAUAGCCUUAGCUUUCCUCUUUCCAGUACUGGCUUCUAUCCUUCCUAUGGCAUGCCUUACUCUCCUUCUCCCCUUGCAGCUGCUCCGAUAGGCUUAGGCUAUUAUGGAAGGUACCCUCCAACUCUUUAUCCUCCACCACCUUCUCCUUCUUUCACUACCCCACUGCCACCACCUUCUUACAUGCAUACAGGCCACUUGCUUCUUAAUCCUGCCAAAUACCACAAGAAGAAACAUAAGCUUCUGCGUCAGGAGGCCUUCCUUACAACCAGCAGGACUCCACUCCUGUCGAUGAGCACCUAUCCCAGUGUUCCACCCGAAAUGGCUUAUGGCUGGAUGCUUGAACAUAAGCACAGACAUCGUCAUAAACACCGAGAACAUCGUUCUUCAGAACAACCGCAGGUUUCUAUGGACACUAUAACAGCAAACAGUUCUUCUAGAACAGUCCUAGAAUCCUUGAAGCGCUAUAGAUUUGGGAAGGAGGCUGUUGGCGAGAGAUACAAACAUAAAGAGAAACACAGGUGUCAUAUGUCUUGUUCGCACCUUUCACCUUCAAAGGGUUUGCUCAGCAGAGAGGAGCAGUGGGUCAGGAGAGAGCCUUCAGAAUCGAAUACGUUAGCAUUGGGAUUACAGACGCCAUUACAAAUAGACUGUUCUGACAACUCCCCAGGUCUGUCCUUGGGAGGAUUUACUCCUAGCUCUGAAACAGCCAGCAGUGACGAACAUACAAAUCUUUUCACAAGUGCAAUAGGCAGCUGCAGAGUGACCACCUCUACCAACACCAGUGGACGUAAAAAGUUGACCGACAGCCCUGGACUCUUCAGUGCACAGGACAUUUCUCUCAGUCGACCUCUUAGGAAGGAGCCAUUGCCUUCUAUUGAAAAGUCACUACAGCCACUGGCAGGCACUCUGCCAACACAAGACAAGCCCUCUCAGAGACAGUCAGAGAGCACAAAUUGCAGCCCUUCCAGAAAGAGAUCAGCGUCUGAGAGCACAUCUUCUACAGUGAUUGGAAUACCCACACGAGGAACAAGGCUAGCAACUGCUGUAGAUGAUUCAGUGGAUAGCUUACUGCAGCGCAUGGCACAGCAUGAAGGCCAGGCUGUUCUGGACAAAACCUUAGAAGCAGUCAUUGCAAAUGUAUCUGUUCCGCCUUCCGCUAGUCCCGGUCGAAACCUCAACAGGGAAAGAGGUUUCGGGAAACAGGACAGUCUCUUGGCUCCAGCAGUUACAAAUGACUCUUGCAGUGAUGGCAUCUCACAUCUUUCAGACAGAUUACCAAGCAGCUACUCCCCACAUCAUCUCAAGAGAAGCAUGGUAGAAGCCAUGCAGCGACAGGCUAGAAAAAUGUGCAAUUACAACAAGAUAUUGGCAACUAAGAAAAAUCUGGACCAUGUCAAUAAAAUUCUAAAAGCCAAGAAGUUGCAAAGGCAGUCACGGACAGGAAAUAACUUUGUGAAGCGCAGGCCAGGCAGGCCACGGAAGUACCCAAUGCAGGCAGUAGUUUCAAUGCAAGCUUUCCAAGCCGCUCGCUUGGUCAGUCAGGAAUUAGACAAGAGGGAAGAGGGCAGCAGCACUUUACACCUCGGACCUGAUACUGUCACUGAUGUCAUUGAGGCUGUAGUGCAGAGUGUGAACUUGAAUGCAGAUCACAGAAAAGGGUGGAAAAGGAAGAGGUGGCUCGAAGAGGAACAGGCCCAGAAAAGACAGAAGCCUUUACCAGAAGAUGAGCAGGAAAGCAAUAAAAGCUUUUCUGAAACAACAGGUGAAACAUCCAGUCCCCAGGAAGCCACUGGAAAGCCACCUGAGUCUCAAAACACUGAGCAGCCUUUGCCUUCACUUACUCAGCGUGAGAAAAAAGCUCCUAGGCCCCCCAAGAAGAAGUACCAGAAGGCAGGGCUGUACUCUGAUGUGUACAAAACCACAGACCCAAAGAGCCGAUUGAUUCAAUUAAAGAAAGAAAAGCUAGAAUACACUCCUGGAGAGCAUGAACAUGGGUUGUUCCCAGCCCCCAUUCAUGUUGGAAAGUAUCUGAGACAAAAGAGAAUAGACUUCCAGCUGCCUUAUGACAUCCUCUGGCAAUGGAAACACAAUCAGCUGUAUAAAAAGCCAGAUGUCCCACUUUACAAAAAAAUCCGUUCUAAUGUCUAUGUUGAUGUUAAGCCUCUUUCUGGCUAUGAGGCUACAACCUGCAACUGUAAGAAACCAGAUGACGACAAUGGAAAGGGCUGCGUAGAAGACUGUCUUAACAGGAUGAUCUUUGCAGAGUGUUCUCCUAACACAUGUCCUUGUGGAGAACAGUGUUGUAACCAGCGGAUUCAGCGACAUGAGUGGGUGCAGUGUUUGGAACGUUUCCGUGCUGAAGAGAAAGGUUGGGGUAUUCGCACCAAAGAGCCUUUAAAAGCAGGACAAUUUAUCAUCGAAUACUUGGGAGAAGUUGUUAGUGAGCAGGAGUUCAGGAACCGGAUGAUUGAACAGUAUCAUAAUCACAGUGAUCAUUACUGCCUGAAUUUAGACAGUGGAAUGGUAAUUGACAGCUAUCGCAUGGGCAAUGAGGCUCGAUUUAUCAACCACAGCUGUAAUCCUAACUGUGAGAUGCAGAAAUGGUCUGUAAAUGGUGUCUACCGAAUCGGACUGUAUGCACUUAAGGAUAUGCCUGCUGGCACUGAACUGACUUAUGACUACAAUUUUCACUCAUUUAAUGUUGAAAAACAGCAACUGUGCAAAUGUGGUUUUGACAAAUGCAGAGGAAUAAUAGGAGGCAAGAGUCAGCGGAUGAAUGGACUGUCAAGUAAAACCAACCAGCCCGUCACCACACACAGGAGGCCUGGGCGAUCAAAAGAAAAAAGGAAGUCGAAACAUAAAUUAAAGAAGAGGAAGGGCCACAUGCCUGAGGAACCCAGUGAGAGCGUGAGCACUCCAACCCGGCUGACCCCACAGCUGCAGAUGAAACCCAUGUCCAACAGGGAAAGACAGGGCGUCAUAGAGUGUCCUGCUGAGAAGGAAAGAAUGCUGGGAUCUGUUUUAAAUGGACCAUUCGUGACGAGGGAAUGUGCUUACUCACAUCUGGGGAAUUUUGUGCUAAAGCACCACGUCUUCCUGGUACGGAAUUGGGAGAAGAUUCGGCAAAAGCAAGAAGAAGUUAAGCACGUCAGUGACAGCAUCCACUCUGCAUCUUUGUACAACCGCUGGAAUGGAAUCUGUCGAGAUGAUGGCAACAUCAAAUCUGAUGUCUUCAUGACUCAGUUCUCAGCCCUACAGACCUCCCGCUCUGUACGAACACGACGUUUGGCUGCAGCUGAAGAGAACGUUGAAGUGGCCCGUGCUGCCCGUCUUGCACAGAUCUUCAAGGAGAUUUGUGAUAGCAUCAUCUCCUAUAAAGACUCCUCUAGGCAGGCUCUUGCAGCUCCACUGCUGAACCUGCCCCCUAAAAAAAAAAAUGCAGAUUACUAUGAGAAGAUCUCUGACCCACUGGACCUUGCCACCAUUGAGAAGCAGAUCCUGACCGGGUAUUAUAAAACAGUAGAAGCUUUCGAUGGGGACAUGCUGAAGGUCUUCCGAAAUGCUGAGAAGUAUUAUGGCAGGAAGUCCCCAAUUGGGCGUGAUGUAUGCCGGCUGCGGAAGGCAUAUUACAGUGCUCGCCAUGAGGCCUCUGCCCAAAUUGAUGAGAUUGUGGGGGAAACUGCCAGUGAAGCUGACAGCAGCGAGACAUCUGUCUGUGAAAAGGAGAACGGGCACGAGAAGGAUGAGGAUGUGAUCCGCUGUAUUUGUGGCCUUUACAAAGAUGAAGGGCUGAUGAUCCAGUGUGAAAAAUGCAUGGUUUGGCAACACUGUGACUGCAUGGGUGUCAAUUCAGAUGUUGAGCACUACUUGUGUGAGCAGUGUGAACCUCGAUCCGUCAGCAGGGAGGUCCCUAUGAUUCCUCGUCCCCAUUAUGCCCAGCCUGGCUGUGUUUAUUAUAUAUGUCUGCUAAGAGAUGAUCUGCUGCUGCGUCAAGGUGAUUGUGUAUAUCUGAUGAGAGACAGCCGAAGAACUCCAGAUGGGCACCCUGUCCGGCAGUCCUACCGGCUGCUAUCCCACAUCAACAGGGAGAAACUUGAUAUCUUCCGCAUUGAAAAACUCUGGAAAAAUGAGAAAGAGGAGCGGUUUGCUUUUGGUCAUCAUUACUUCCGUCCACAUGAAACGCACCACUCUCCUUCCCGAAAGUUCUAUCACAAUGAGCUGUUUCGUGUGCCACUGUAUGAGAUUAUCCCCUUGGAGGCUGUGGUGGGGACCUGCUGUGUCCUGGACCUCUAUACCUACUGUAAAGGGCGGCCAAAGGGAGUCAAGGAGCAGGAUGUGUAUAUCUGUGACUAUCGCCUUGAUAAAUCGGCGCACCUCUUCUAUAAGAUCCACCGAAAUCGCUAUCCUGUAUGCACCAAGCCCUAUGCCUUUGACCACUUUCCCAAGAAACUCACGCCCAAGAGAGACUUCUCACCUCAUUAUGUUCCAGACAACUACAAGAGAAAUGGAGGCAGGUCAUCUUGGAAGACAGACCGCUCAAAAUCACAGAUCAAAGACCUGAACCAAGAUGAGGAUCCUCUUCCACUCAUUGAGGAUGUGCUACUGAACCAAGAACAAACUUCCAGUGAGAUGCCUACCCUUGAGGAGCCAGAGAAGGAGGCAAUGUCUAGUGAGGGCUGUGAGAGUGAUAAAAAAGUGGAAGACAGUAGCUCCGUCACAAGGCAGCUGUGCACUCCUGAGGAAAGGCGGCAUAUUCAGAGAGAGAGACUUAAUCAGAUCCUGCUAAACCUCUUAGAAAAAAUCCCAGGGAAAAAUGCUAUUGAUGUCACUUACUUGCUGGAGGAAGGAUCAGGAAGAAAACUGAGGCGGCGUACUCUCAGCAUCCCAGAGAGCAGCUUCAGGAAGUGAUGCCCCAGCAAGAGCCUGUGGUCUGGAGUCCACUACCAGGUCUGCUAGAGACUGACUGGGAAAGCCCCCCCACUUCCUGUGCACUGGCCAAGGAAAAAAGGGCAGAAGAAAACUGACAAAUAUACAAACAGUUAGCACUUAGGUGUCUGGGCAGGGAGUGGCCCUGCCCUGCUCUGCAGUGCUCGUAUGGUGUGUGUGUUGUUGGGCGUGCCUUGUAUUGAUGUUAGGUACUGAGAAAACCUCGUGGUUAUUUGUCCAGGGUGGUCAAAUUUAAUUUAUUUUUGCUCAGUGUCCCCACUCAGAGGGAAAAAAAAAAGCGGGGGGGGUCCUAUAGAAGGAUGAGGACGGACUGACUGAUGAGACUAUUUCCCGUCCUCGCCAGCUCACCUGUGAUUGUACAAGAUACUGUUGACACCACCAGUAUGUGAAGUCUAUAGUGAGGGUGAAAGCCCAGUGGCUUAAAAUAAAGGCUACCCUAAAGGUGUGGCCUCCAAUUUGCACAAGUUCAGAGGGGAAAGCAGUGUACCAGAAUGUGCAAAAUGCUUACCAUGGAACGGCCGGUGCGUGGAUGCUCCUUUUGGUCUGUAGAGAGGAAACCUCCUUGGUCAUGUAGGAGUAGAGCGACAGUUGGCUGUUCAAGGCACUUGUUCCACAUCCUGAAAGGGGGUGGGGGGAGGGGGGAUUUUUUUCACUUUUUUUCUGCAGAGAAGUUUUAUAAAGCAGGUUGAAUCCUGACGACACCAUUGCUGUUGGUUUUUUUGAUAAGCUGUGGUUCUUGUGUGUCCAGUGUGUUGUGCAAAUUUAAAACCUGUUAAAAGAAAAAAAGAAACAAAAAAGAAAAAAAAGAAACCCUCACUACAUGAACCGUCAAGCAGUAUUCAGAGCGCGUCUUUGUUGUGACCUGUAGAAUAUAUCCACUGAUAACACUAUUCUUGUGUUCUACCUGUACAGCUGAAACGUCCGUCUCUUAAAGAGACAGUGUAUUUCACCCCUCCCUCUCUCUGCCCUCAUUAAAGUGUUGUACCCAAAAGCUACAGCCAAGGCCCUGACUUUUCACUGCAUGAAUUGUGAUUGCCAUAGUUUACCAUAAACUAGUGCUGGGCCAGGAUCCACUGUAUUACAACAUGUAACCUUCCCCAAUAUCCAGUGCCGUGAAGCUAUCAUCUAUCUGUCUCUGGGUCAAUCCCAGUUAGUGGCAAAGAGAGGGUGCAGUAGGCUUACACUGCCCCUUUAAAAUGGCUUUGCUUUUUUUGUCUUUCAGACAUACAUAUGCAUAUACAGUCCUGUUUUAGAUGUUCUUAUAAGAAAACAGUUUUUAAUGUGCCAAGUUGUAUAUAUCUGCUGCGUGGAUGUAAAGCAAUACGGUAGUUACAUGUUCCUUUUUAAUGGACCAAGCUUGUCCUAAUGUACAUUCUUGUUAUUAUUAUAAUUAUUAUUUUACUCUUAGUGGAACAUGACUCAUUCCAUUAACUUUUAUGUGUUGAUUUAAAAAGAAAAAAAAAAGAAAGGAAAAAACCCUUUGAGAAAAAAUAUUUUAUUAAAAAAAAAAAAGAAAUAAGAAAAUAGUUUGGAAUAUUUUCUUACUGUAGAGAAGCACUGUACAGUACCAGGAACCCUGAGUAUAAAAUACUCAUGCGUGUAGUAGGAAUAUCGCAUGUCCAAAAUCUUGAGUUGUUUCAUUUAGUUUAAAACAGAAAUCAUUGUCUCAAAUGGUGUUAAACACUAAAAACUUUUUAAAAAAUAAAGUGCGUACAGAAGCGAGACACUAGCUCUGUCAUUUUAUCUUUCUUUUGUUGAAAGACUAAACAAAAUGUUUUUUAGACAAUCAAAUGUUAGGUAAGUGCAAAGAAUUGUUUUUCUUACUGGUGUAGAAAUUAAUGACUUUUUUUAUUUUUCGGUUAUUUUAUAAUAAUGAAAAGACCAGUGUGUCACCAGGAUCGCUGUUUUAAGACCAGGAAGCACUACAUUAUUGCAAAUAGAUACGAACUCUUAGUCUGCAUGGGUGUAGGCUGUGUGAUUGCUGAAAAUAAAUGCUGCUAAUAUAUUUCCUUUUUACAAAGCAUAUCUAAAUAGAUCAUUGUUUUGAUGUUAAUCUUUGUAAAUUAUGUAUUACCAAUUUUAACAUUGGAUGUAAUUGCAUAAAAAGCCUGCAUCUCAAUCCUGAGAGAGUCUAGUAUUAAAUGGAAAAACUUUUCCUAUUGAUGA